CCCAUCGUCGAGGCGCCAGACUCAAACUAACAGAAACGAGGACGAAUUUCUAAACAAAAACACAAUUAACUAAGUUAUAUAGGUAUAAGUAAGCGCAAAAAGAAGGCUGAGAACAUCCCUGUGCAACUUUAUGAAGUCAGUUCAAAUCUUUUCUUCACUCGCAACCAUGAAGACCUCCAAACCAGCACUGCAGACCUCUGCUCAAGACGAGUGCGGUGUUUGGCUGGACACAGUGCAUCUUAAAGGAAAAGCUAAACAGAAACGUCUCGCCCGUCCCAUUUCUAAACUGCUGAACCCCUUCGCUGGAGGUGGAGGAUACAGUCUGGCUGUGGCUCUCAACUUCACUCAGACCAAAAUGGAAAUGCCAAAGACCAAACAAAGCUCUAUAUCAGCCUUCUUCACACCUCAGCAAAGAGUUCUCAAUAAGAUGUCUACUUCUGAAGUACCAAACAUGGAUCCAGUGCAGUCUUCCUCAGCAUCGACCUCAAUUGCACCUGCACCUGUUGCAUCAGGGACAAAACGAAGACGAGAAACGUAUCCUGAAAAGUCUGACUCUGAGCCUGGUGUGGAUCAUGAAUGGAAAAGUGAAAAUGUGACUGAGUCUGGGGCAACAGUGUGGCAGGAGCAAGGUGAAGCAAGUCAUUCAGCUACUCAAAACAUGUACUGUGAGUCUGAAGAAGAGCAAUCUGAGGAGUUUAAUCCACCACAUAGUAAGAGAAGGUACACUGACACCUCGUCAUUAACAGAUGAGAGUCAGCCUCUUCCACAGGCAUGGAGUCAGGACCCACAGCUCGUCUAUAGCCAAUAUUCUGACAUUGAAUUUUAUCCGACUAAUCAGAAAAACACCACAGCGAACAUCUUCAACGACUCUGAGCCAAAUUUCCUAAACAGUCUACAAAGUGAGGAGGCCUUUGGAUUUCAGAUGGAUCUGAAGCGGAGUACCUCUACUCAAAAAUCCUUUAAACACUCUCAUUCUUCUCAGGCGGAGGAUGAGAAAGAAAACAGCAGGUUUUUGUAUUCAGAGUCCCCAAGUAAGCACUCAUCUUUCUCUCAUAUUGGACUUCUUUCAAAUCAUAAAUGGACAGAACCAAAAACUGCAUCACCUCGAAAACACAUCCAUUCAGAUCAACUGUGGAAUAAGACUGAUAAAGAAGAGAGCUACAUCUCACAGUUCAAGUGGACAAAACCGAGUAGCACUCCCUUUAAAAAACGAUCACCCCAGCAACAGAGCAGAGAGGUUGAUGAGGACAGUCUGGACAUGUUGUUUACCCAGGACUCUGAAGGCUUCAGGGUGAUCGCACAUAGAGGUCUGCAAGUCAGGAGUCCACUCAAAGAUCAGAGUAACAUGAGCAGUGGGGUUGUGAGAACUAGUGUUUUCAAGUCUUUGGUGGAGAAGGAUGAGGAAGAUGAGAUGCUCUUUACUCAGGACUCUCAGGGAAAUAUGUUGAUCAAACACUGAAAGGAUCAUUUGAAACUCAGUACCAGGAGUUUUGCUGUAUGUGGAUAGUUAAUCUAUACUUUUUAAAUAACUUUUAAUCGUAUUUGUGCCUCUUCCAAUGUGUCAAAUUGGGACACUCUCUUGUUGUUUCUGUCUCAACCUGACUGAUUCACCCUGCGCUUCUCUAAAACUGAAAAUAUUGAUGCUCUUCUCUGUGAUUGUCCUCUCACCUCUCUUCAUCGGUAGAUCUUUUGUAUUUUCCUGGAAGUUUUUGUCCCCCCUAUUUCUCAUGUUGAAGUUUGUUUCUGUUUUACUAUAUUUUUUUUCUUUUGGUGUGUAUGACACUAACAUGUCCCAGGAGGUGCAACUCCUUUUUGUAAUAACACGAACAAGCCAGAACUGGGAGUUUUGAUUUUAUUUGAAAAAUGAUACACAAUUACGUCAAAUUGUUUUAAUUUAAAUUAAACGUUUUGAAAAGCA